AUGUCGAAAAUGUUGAACAAAUUUGUAAUUAUUCUGAUGGUCUCCACACUCGCCAGCAAUGCGCUGCCCGUGGAGCAUUCGAAGCAAGUCGCUGCUGCUCCUGCUGCUGCUACUGGCCCUGCUCUCUACUCAAUCGAGGGCAGGAUCCACCCGCUCAAUCCAGCAGUGAGCGUCCCCGAGCGCUGGCCGGCCGACAUAAGCCUCGCGCUCAACGGCGGCGAGUAUCUGGGCUUCGUGCAGGCCGAUGGCAGCUUCCGGAUUAGCGGCGUGCCCUCGGGCAGCCAUGUGCUGUACGUCCACCACGCGGACAUAUUCUUUCCGCCCGUUCGCGUCGAUAUUACCCACAAUGGCAAGUUUCGGGCACGCAAGCUGAGCCACCUGCGGCCGUCGCAGGUCGUGAAGCUGCCCUAUCCGCUGAUGCUGGAGCCGGGCAUGCCGCGCAGUUACUUCCGCAUCCGGGAGCAGUGGAACAUACUGGACUACAUGCUGAAUCCAAUGGUGCUGCUGAUGGUGGUGCCGCUCAUCCUGAUGCUGCUGCUGCCACGUCUCAUCAACGACCCGGAAACCAAGCGCGAGAUCGAGAACAUUCAGUUCCCCAAGAUACCCACAGGUGUGCCCGAUCUCAGUGAUAUGCUCACCUCGCUCCUGAGCGGCAAGCGACCCGUGGAGAAGGAGAAGAAGCCCAUCAAAGGGGGCGCAAGAAGGCGCAACUAGGAUUAAGUGCUCCACUCUCAACUGUAAAUGUAGUUCCUUACCUAUGAUUCCCGCCUAUUAACCUGCACUCAUUCUUGCUCUGUGAAUAAUAGUCGAA